AUGCGAACCACAGCAGUGCAGGGACGUGGAAGAGGAGCAGACCAGUGCAGGGACGCGGAGGAGGAGCAGACCAGUGCAGGGACGCGGAGGAGGAGCAGACCACAAGCAGCCAGACGGAGGACGCCAGGGACGCGCCGAGUAGCGUCUGAUGGACUAUUACAAAAUGAAGAUAAAAACGGCGAAGAGAAGCUUGUGGCACUUGGAUCUACAGUCGCAGUUCAAAUACACUGA